AUGUCGAACCUGAGCAUCGACGAAGGGAGGCUUGUCCACCUAUGCGUGGUCCUUGUGCAGUCGAUGUCGCCAGAUGCAGGCCAACGUCAACAGGCCAUGGAGGCCCUAGAUGCAUAUACGGCGCAGCACGAUGCUCUGAAUUAUUUCUGCUUUGUUUUGGUCGAGGGUUCUGCAAAUAGGGAACUGCAGACGCGGUUUGCAGAGCACGAACUGCAGACGGUAUGCGCAACAGCCGGAAUGGUCCUCAAGAACAUGAUGUUGCAGCACGGAAGUGGGGCUAAAUAUGACCUAUCGUAUCUGCGGACGAAUAUCAUGAACGGAUUGUACCUGCCGGUGCCACUACUAGCUAACAUCACGGGGAUCGUGUUGACGACCCUGUUCAGCCACUACUACCGGCAUCACCGUGAGGACGCUAGCGGGGUCCAGACGCUCUCAGACCUGCUGGCACUAGCCUCCCAGGGGAACCUUGCAGCGCUGAAGGCACUUUCGAAGAUUAUGGAGGAUAACGCGCAGUUUUUCCAUCUACCAUGGGCGGGAAACGACAAUAUACUGGAUGUCCUGAUCACCCACUUCUUGAAGUUUAUGGACGAAUUGCCAAAUCCGACAAUGCGGGCAGAGGCAAUCAAGUGCCUAAACUAUGUGGUUCCACUGCAGCCGCAGUGUCUUUUGGUUAAGCUGGAUCGUCUGCUCGAGGGUCUUUUCCGCCUCGCCUCUGCGGAUUCAGACGACGUCGUGAGACAACAGCUCUGCAUUAUGUUCAGUAAUCUACUCGAACACAGGCCGGACAAGCUGGCUGCACACAUGGUGGGUAUUGUGCAGUUUGCGCUGCAUGUUAUGGAAACAAGCAAGGAUGAGAAAGUAGCGCUGGAUGCCUGUGAAUACUUAUUUGCAUUUGCUUCCAGUCCAAACGUACCCAAAAACAUGGUAAGACAACACCUGAGCGAAAUUGUGCCGAUGCUUUUACGCAAGAUGGUGUAUAAUGAGGACGAUAUAAUGUCGUUGGAAGCGGACAAUGAGGGAGAUGCCGAUGAAGACGAUAACGACGAAGAUAUAAAGCCAACUACGAGUAAAGUCAGUGGCAGAAACGACCGCGCAGACAAUGAGGAAGAUGAUGUGGGUGGAGCCGACGACGACACUGUAGUCACGAACUGGAACUUGAAGAAGUGUUCGGCUGCAACGUUAGAUGCUGUAACCAAAUUGUUACCCCGCGCAGUAGUAGAAAUAGCCUUUCCCCUGCUGAGCGAAUAUCUCGCGUCUUCGCAAUGGUACAUUCGCGAAGCUACAAUUCUUGCGCUUGGCGCGAUGGCUGACGGCGGUAUGCAGUACUUUGCUGAACAGCUACCUAACCUGGUCCCCUUCCUAGUCGAACAACUGAACGACCACUGGGCACCGGUCAGGAAGAUCACAUGUUGGACAUUAAGUCGGUUCUCACCCUGGAUCCUCAACGAUCGGACUGAAUUUCUUAUCCCAGUUCUCGGCCCCAUAAUGAACACCUUGUUGGAUAAAAAGAAAGGUGUCCAGGAGGCUGCGAUCACCGCUGUCGCUGUGUUCGUCGAGAAUUGUGACCCCGAUGUCGUGGAAACAGUCCUGUACUCAGAGUUGUUGAAUAGCUUCGACCGUUGCCUGCAGUCAUACAAGAAGAAGAACCUAAUCAUCCUUUAUGAUGCCAUUGGCCGAUUAGCAGAAAAGACCCAGAUGGACGAUGAUGCCAUAAAGCUAAUUUUACCGCAUCUAAUCACCAAGUGGGCCUCCUUAGGAAAUAACGAUAAGGAACUGUGGCCGCUACUGGAGUGUUUGUCCUAUGUGGCGGCUUCGCUCGGCGAGAAGUUCUCCACUAUGGCCCCAGAGGUUUAUCAGCGCGCCUGGCAGAUCUUGUGUAACUGCGUCGAACUGGAAGCUCAGGCGCAGACAGACCCAUCCAUCGAGGUACCAGAAAAGGAUUUCGUGAUCACAUCGCUCGACUUGAUCGAUGGCCUGGUCCAGGGCCUCCGCUCGCAUUCCUGCGAUCUUCUGUUCCCAAAUAACGACCUCACCAUGUUACAAGUCAUGCUCCAAUGCCUUCAGGACCCUACGCACGAUGUCCGUCAGAGCACGUUUGCCCUGCUUGGAGACAUUGCGACGUUCUACGACCCCGCCUUGAUUCAGCCCUUCCUUCCCGCAUUCCUGAAAGCCAUCUCCACCGAGCUAAUGCAUUCUGACCUCCCCGAAGCCGUCUCCAGCGUGAAUAACGCCGUCUGGUGUCUCGGCCUGAUUGGCCAGCGCCGUGAGCUCGGCGACGCCAUCAUUGGCCUCGCUCGUCAGGUUCUGGACCUCUUCUGCACCCCAGCACCCUCUGUCCACGAGUCCGUUCUCGAGAACCUCGUCGUCACCAUCGGCCGUUUGGGCCACCUCCACCCUGAGCAUUUCGCAGGCCCUCCUUUCGCGAUGAGUGCCAACCUCUCACGCUGGUGCCAGCUUUCCAAGGAACUGCAAGACCCGGAAGAGAAAUCUGCGGCUUACUAUGGUUUCAUCAAGAUCGCCAACCUCAUGACUUCCGCAUCUGUCCUGUCUGACAAGGCGCUGCAUCACUUUAUACAGGGACUGGCAAGCGACAUCGGGCCGGACACACUCGCGUUAUGGAAGCACGAUAUAUACGCGUUCUUCAUGAAGCACCAUUCCCAGCUCGAGGCCUUGGUCCAGAACCUGACUGAUGAUGAGACCGCUGUUGUAUCGUUCAUCACGAAUAACUAA